ACAUAAAAUAAAAAUUUGAAAUUUAUAUUUGAAUAACAUUAUCAAUUUUUUCUUUAAAAAACUCACUUUUUUAUUGUAAAUAAAAAAAUUAAAACUACCGCAAAUGCUAUUUGUUAUUUAACGUACUAGUAUAAAUUAUAUUAUUUAAUUCUUAAUAUAGUUAUUGCCGUUUAAUUGUACGUAAUUAUAUCAAUCUGUUGUCUUUGAUAUUAUUACAAACCAUACUUAAGUAAAACAAUAAAAAACAAUAAUGUUAAAAUGAUAUAAUGAAUCGUAAUUGAAAGUGUCUUAAUAAUUAUUUUAAAAUCAUUUUGAUGUCAUUUUAAUGCCACGAUAACUUUUUGUUCUGCUUGGAUAUGUUUUUAAAUUUACUGUACCUGAUAGAUUUUAAAAGUCUUUUAUCAUAUUUCAUAUCACACAAUUUUAGGAACAUCUCUGUUGCAGCAUUACAUGACAUUUUGCAGAAUCUUUUUAGAAUUAUUGCGUAUGAAAUGUGAAAGAUUGAAUCCUUUCUAAAAACUUUCCACAACAAUCAGUACUGUAUAAACAUUUUUACAUCGCAGCAGCGAGAAAUCGAGGCUCAGUGCAAUAGUUUGCGUUAUUGAUCGAAGAUUCUAUUUUUUUUUCAUUUCUUCUUUUACUUUUUAAAAAAAUUAUUGAAUAUAAAUAUAUAUACCUAACAAUUUCAAAUCAAUUAUUAAACAGGACAUCGUUUAUGCCGUAAGAAAACUAGAUGACUAUUCUUAAACUAUUCUAUGGAGUUUAAGAAAUAUUUUGUAUGAUACACACUAGAAGUGUAAAGAAACUAAACGCUGCAAUUUCGGAAUAAGUGAAAAUUUUAUUUUAUAUAUCCCAAACAGCACGCUUUAUCCAAAAUAUGUCCCAAGGAUAUCCUUAUGACGUCCUUUGAAUGUCCCAUAGACGUCUGUAGAAGAUCUACGCUACCUAAUAUGGGUAUCUUUCUCAAGUAAAUCACGAUUUCUAGAAAAUUAUACUGAAGUCUAUAAUAUUAAAGUAUAUUAAUUAACAAUCAUUGGUAAAUGGAAGGGUUUAAAGUUUAGUUUAGAUUCUCCUCAAUCAAUAUGAUCAAUGCUUCAAAGGAUUCGUCAUUGUUCUCCAAAAAAUACAGCAUCGGGUCUAUCAUGGAUGAAUCUCUUACACGAAUGACUUUUUGAAUGAGUAAUGACGUUUCUGUAAAAAUAUUUACGAGCGGUUGAAUCGUAACGAAGCUUCAUAGUGAUGAUAACGUGUCACGUUGAGCGAUAAUAAAAGUGACAUCGAUGAGUUAUAAUCGUCAAAGGUGUGCAAUGAUGAUCAAUGAUAACGACAUUGACAGCUGGAAGACAGAAUCUGAUUCUAGUGGAUUUGCUCGAAAAGGAUUUGGUCUCAUCGAUCAUCACUUCGAUUCCGGUGAAGAUAUGACUCUGACGCGAGUAAAAAACUCAAAUUCCGGUCCCGAGAUUCGUUACAUUAACCCCGCCAUUUAUACGGAAUCCGUCAGUGAAGAAGGGCCGGAGAGUAAUCACGAGCAGGAAGUAAUUUAUUUUUUCGUAGGAUAUCGUAAUGGAGAUGCGAAUUGCUGCACCUCCAAUGCUUCGACAAUUAAUCUACCUAUCGUCACAAAGGAUGCAACGAACGUCGAUCACGUGAAUGAACACCCGGGACAGAGCACCUACAGAUGUUACUCGUCAUCUUUUCCGGACGUGAUGUUGUCCCUCGAACCGUCCACGGUUCGGUCCGCAAUCUCAUCCGGGAGCACUACUCGGGAGCGACGAUGCAAAAUUGAUAGCGACUUCAUUGAACAGAAUGAGCCGAAUGCUGAUCAGAAUGAGACAAUAAAACAGGACAAGUGCGUCCUUAACGGUCGCCAGGUGAUACGAAUUUCCACGACAUCGCUCUCGGUCGAAUCGAGCACAGGCGAUCAUCAGAUAUCGAAUGGGUCCUCUGACCUCGGCAGAAGGAUCGCUUAUUCGGAAUGGAUGCGCAAGAAACACGAAGCCGCGCAGCGGGCGAAAGAGAAAGAGGAACGCGCCGCCAGGAAGCGUCAAGAGGAAGAAGAGAGGGAAGCGCAAGAAAAGGAAGAGAAGGCACGGCUGGAAAAGGAGAACUUCCUCAAGUGGAUCGAGAGCAAGAGGCAGCAAGAGGUCAACAGAAAAGCGAUGCUUGAGAACGAGUUGGAAUUGCAGAGGCGUCUGAAGGAAAUCGAAGAUAAUCUCGCUGGCGCGAAGACCACGUAUCUUCGUCGGUGGUUCCACAGAAAGAAGGAGGAGCAGAAGGCCCGGCGUAAAGAGCAGGAAACGAGGCAGAGAAAGAUAGACGAGGAGCGUGAGAAAAGGCUAGAGCAGAGUUCAAAGGCGUACGAGAAGUGGCGAGAGAACUCUAAGAACAAACCCAAGCCCGCUACUCAGGGACUGCUUCCUCAUCAGAAAGCGAAGCCAGCAUACGUAAAUCCUAUCCCUUGGCAAUCGAUCGUCGAGAUCGACCCUGAUGAAGUACAAGAGAAUGCGUUCGACGAGAAAAAGGAGAAUGUAAAUCAGUUGAAAAUAAGCGGGAGAAAACCGAUUGCGGCGCAACAAUGACGAAUUGCAACCGAGAAAAUCCAUUAAAAUAUCUGAAAUUUGUAUACAAGAAUUUGUAGCGUAACAACAAAUUAAAACAUCUUUUCAAGAA